GGGCCCUGGGCUCCUCCGACUCCCUCUGUGCAGACGCUGAAGUUACUAGACAUGGCAGCCGGCGGAACUGUUUGCAAAGCCUAGUGAAAAAUCAAAGCCAGCGUGUGGAGAGCGCCAGCCACCCCCACCGGGUGAGGAAAUGACUCUCACGUGAGGGAGGCGGCAGCUCGGGGACUUUCGCCGCGCUCCCUGCCGGGGGAGGGAAUACGAGGCGCCGCCGCCAACGCCCCGUAGCUCCCGAGCUCUGAGCGCGGAGUCCCGGCGCUGCCCAGCCGGAAAACAAUGCCCACCAGUUUCACCGUAGUGCCAGUGGAGGGGCAGGAGCCGCAGCCCAGCCGGCCACUGGAGGACCCGAGCCAGCAGCUGGCGGAGUGCAGUUCCGGGGAGCCGGGAGAUGGGAUUCCGAAGGAAAGUAGCCCAUUUAUUAACAGUGCCGAGAUGGACAGAGGAAAUAUCUAUGAAGGGAAAAAUAUGGCUCUCUUUGAGGAAGAAAUGGAUAGCAACCCCAUGGUAUCAUCUCUUCUUAAUAAGCUAGCAAAUUAUACCAAUCUGACUCAGGGAGUGGUAGAACAUGAAGCAGAUGAAGACAGCAAACGAAAAGAAAUCAAGCUAAAAUCUACAAAGAUUUUGACCUCACUAAGCAUGCUCCAUCUCCUCACAAAUGGGCUAGAACCAGCUGGUGGCUCUUACUACAUGAUUUCAAGAUCUUUAGGGCCAGAGUUUGGCGGAGCAGUGGGACUCUGUUUUUACUUGGGUACAACUUUUGCAGGAGCUAUGUAUAUUCUUGGUACCAUUGAAAUUUUGUUGGCAUAUAUUUCUCCCAGUGCUGCUAUAUUUAAAGCAGAAGAUGCUGAUGGAGAAACAGAGGCCAUGUUAAACAACAUGAGAGUUUACGGGACGUGUACUGUUGCUCUGAUGGCCAUAGUAGUCUUUGUAGGAGUUAAAUAUGUCAACAAACUUGCACUGGUCUUCCUAUCUUGUGUGAUUCUUUCCAUCUUUGCCAUUUAUGCUGGCGUUAUUAAAACUGCUUUUGACCCACCAGACUUUCCUAUUUGUCUUCUUGGAAACCGUACAUUGUCAAGACGCAACUUUGAUAUUUGUGCCAAAUUUAUUGAGGUAAACAAUGAAACAAUGACAACGAAGCUGUGGAGUCUCUUCUGUGAUAAUCCGUCGCUCAAUGCCACAUGUGAUGAAUACUUUAACCUAAAUAACGUGACAGAAAUUCAAGGGAUUCCUGGAAUUGCUAGUGGAGUUCUAAUUGAUAACCUGUGGAGUGCCUAUACAGACAAAGGAUCAAUUAUUGAAAAAAAAGGUCACCCAUCAGUUACUGGAACAGAAGAGACAAAAGUUGGAGGACUCCCAUAUGUUUUUACAGACAUUAUGACCUACUUCACAAUGCUAGUAGGGAUUUAUUUCCCGUCUGUGACAGGUAUUAUGGCAGGAUCAAACAGAUCUGGAGAUCUUAGGGAUGCUCAGAAAUCUAUUCCUACUGGAACAAUUUUGGCUAUUUCAACUACAUCCUUUAUCUAUCUAUCCUGCAUUGUAUUGUUUGGUGCAUGUAUAGAAGGUGUGAUAUUAAGAGAUAAGUUUGGAGAAGCAGUUAAUGGAAACCUAGUGAUUGGUACAUUGGCAUGGCCUUCUCCAUGGGUAAUUGUAAUUGGUUCAUUCUUCUCUACAUGUGGUGCUGGUCUACAGAGUCUUACUGGUGCACCCCGGCUGUUGCAGGCUAUUGCAAGAGAUGGCAUAAUACCAUUUCUUCAAGUAUUUGGUCAUGGAAAAGCAAAUGGUGAACCAACCUGGGCAUUACUUCUCACUGCUUUUAUUUGUGAGAUAGGAAUUCUCAUAGCUUCACUGGAUAGCGUAGCACCAAUUCUUUCAAUGUUUUUCCUAAUGUGCUAUAUGUUUGUGAACUUGGCCUGUGCAGUGCAGACUCUUUUAUGCACUCCAAACUGGAGACCUCGUUUCAAGUACUACCAUUGGGCCCUUUCAUUCCUGGGGAUGAGUUUAUGUUUUGCCUUGAUGUUCAUUUGCUCUUGGUACUAUGCUUUGAUUGCCAUGCUAAUUGCAGGAUGUAUUUACAAGUACAUAGAAUAUAGAGGAGCUGAAAAAGAGUGGGGUGAUGGAAUCAGGGGGUUAUCUUUGAAUGCAGCUCGCUACGCUUUACUUCGGGUUGAACAUGGUCCUCCUCACACGAAAAACUGGAGACCUCAAGUCUUGGUUUUGUUGAAUUUGGACUCGGAACAGAUGGUUAAACACCCUAGAUUGCUUUCUUUCACCUCUCAGUUGAAGGCUGGUAAAGGAUUGACUAUUGUGGGCUCUGUACUACAGGGAAUCUACUUGGACAAAUACAUAGAAGCUCAAAAAGCUGAAGAGAAUAUUAAAUCCUUAAUGGGGGUAGAAAAGACCAAAGGAUUUUGCCAAAUUGUGGUAUCUCCCAGUUUUAGAGAUGGAAUGUCCCAUUUGAUUCAGUCUGCUGGUCUGGGAGGGAUGACGCAUAAUACAGUCCUGAUGGCCUGGCCACAGUCAUGGAAACAGACCGAUAAUCCUUUCUCAUGGAAAAAUUUUGUUGAUACAGUCCGAGAAACAACAGCGGCACAACAAGCUCUACUGGUCGCUAAAAACAUUGAUUUGUUUCCAACAAAUCAAGAGCGCUUUUCUGAAGGGAACGUAGAUGUGUGGUGGAUUGUUCAUGAUGGUGGCAUGCUGAUGUUGCUUCCUUUCCUGCUUCGACAGCACAAGGUGUGGAGAAAAUGCAAAAUGCGUAUCUUCACUGUUGCCCAAAUGGAUGACAACAGUAUUCAAAUGAAAAAGGAUCUUCAGAUGUUUUUGUAUCAUCUUCGACUUAAUGCUGAGGUGGAGGUAGUUGAAAUGUUUGAAAAUGAUAUUUCAGCAUUCACAUAUGAGAAGACUCUUAUGAUGGAGCAGAGAUCUCAGAUGUUAAAACAGAUGCAGCUGUCUAAGAAUGAAAGGGAAAGAGAGGCUCAGUUAAUCCAUGACCGAAACACUGCAUCCCAUUCAGCAGUAGUUGUUAAGUGUGAUGCUGCUGCUGCUACACCUGAAAAAGUGCAAAUGACCUGGACUAAAGAAAAGUUUAUAGCUGAAAAGCACAAAAAUAGAGAAACAAAUAUAACAGGUUUUAAAGAUAUCUUCAACAUGAAGCCGAAUCAGUCAAAUGUGAGAAGAAUGCACACUGCUGUGAAGCUCAAUGGAGUAAUAUUAAAUAAGUCACAACGUGCUCAGCUAGUUUUAUUGAAUAUGCCUGGACCUCCUAAAAACAAAAAAGGGGAUGAAAACUACAUGGAGUUUUUGGAAGUUUUGACAGAAGGUCUGAACAGAGUUCUCUUAGUGCGAGGUGGUGGACGUGAAGUGAUCACCAUUUACUCCUAAUGCUGUUACAGAAUAUGAAAAGAUUAACUGCAGUAAUUUGAACAGUUGAAAAGAAAUUACCUGUGUACUUGAAAUGAUGUACCAGCUGAAUCUUCUGAUUAUGUGUUUUGCUUUCUUUCAAAGGAAUCUAUCUGAAAUUAUUUCCUACAUAGAUUUAUCUUUAUAGAAGAAAUUUAUAUAUUGUAGUAUUAAAUAAAUGCUGAGGAUCAGGAGGGUAUUUUUUUAAAGCAAUCUUGGUGUCAGACCCAAGAAGGGAAAGGUAAUUUUUAUGGCAGAUGAAAUAACUAAUGUUUUAAAUGUGCAUAAUCAGAGAAAAACAGGCAUCUGCAUUUUUAGUAACAUUAAUUGUAUUAUUUUGCUCCUACAAAAGAAUAUUUAAAUGAUGUUAAAACCUCCCAAGUUUAUCAAAAAAAUAUGAAAUAUUUCAGACAAGAAACCCUGGUCUUAUUAUUUUGUCCUUUUGACAAAUGCUGCUGUAGUGCAUCUGUGACUGUUGUGAUCACAGUUUCAUCUUAGGUCUCCUGGUUCAUAUUGAUUCAGAAAUAUGUACAAACAUUUGACAUAUUUAAUUAUUUGACAUAAAAGGAAUUUGAAGGAAUUACCUGAUUUCAAAAUUGGUUAAAUAAAAAUUCACAAUUCAGCCAUUACAGACUACUAUAAUUCUUUUAAAUUACCCUUUGUGUAUGUUUAUUUAAACUUAACUUUGCUGACUUUACUAAGUUAUAAAAAAUAUCUAUGACUCCCUUUGCACCGCUGCUGUGUAUGGAUAAUCUCCAAGUGGAAGUGAAGGUAUUCUACAUACCCUUUCACACACAGUUCCUUUCAUGCUUGUAGCACACUGCAUUCCAGUGAUCCCAGAGUAGUGAAUGGCUCCUUGGGGGCUAUUGCAUUUUGGAGCAGUCUGAGAACUGCAAUCAGGACUCAAGAAUUGUAACCAUCUCCUGUUUAGAUGUUGGACAUAGCAAGUGAUGGGGAAGAGAAUAGGGACAGUAGGGCAUUUAUAUAUCCUAUGUCUGUGAUUCUGCCUUGUAAUGGGUGAUGAAUUUUCAACAUACGGCAUGCAAUAUUCAAAUUCAAAUGAUAAAACGGAAGUGUGGGAAAUAAGGAGGCUCACUUUGACGAGUUAAGUGUAGUCUUCUGCUUUAAAUUAAAUGCAGGAACAGUCACCCUAUUUCUUUUUAUUAUUUUUAUUUCUUGAAAGGAAAUCUGAUUUUCUGAAAACUGAGGUUUUUUAUAAAAUACAUAAAUGAAGAAUUUCUUUGUCAACUGAAUUGGGGGUAAACUAUUAAAUUUGUAGAUAUUUGUUUUAUAUAGUAUUUUUCAACUUUGUGUUAAUAAUACACCUCUGUGCAUUAUGACUGGCCAUAAAAUUAAGUUUAUAAAUUACAUCUUAAAACUAUUUGUAACUGCCCAGUGUUUGUUGAUAGUGAAAAUAUCUGGCCACAAAUAUUGCAAUAGUACCUAGGGACUAUAGUAGUUUAAGGGAUCUGGCAUAAUUACACUAAAGACAAAGUGCAAUGUGUAAAAUAAAAUGUUAUUCUGUGUGGGGAACAUAAUUUCAUGUUUUAAAUGAUAGAUCUGUCAAUAUAUUUUCAGUAAGUAGUUCAGCUAAGUCAUUUUUUCUACAAAUUUCAUUGAUGAAGUAUAUAUUCAGUCAUAGAUAAAAAUGACUUAUAAAAUGUAUUAAAGAAAUAUUCUAUUUGUCAACUCAUUUUACAUUUUGUUUUCUUUGUACAACACUAUCUACUGUUUAUAGUCUCUAUAAAAAAAAAUUUUUAACCACACUUAUAGCAAUUUUAGAAGUAAAUGCUGUAUGUUCCAGGCACCGUUUUGAAAGAUUUCUUCAAUAGUUUUGCUGCAGUGUGUCUAAACUUGCACAUUUUUUGUUUUAUGCUUUCUUUUCAGUUCUCUGGUUUAGAACAUUAGAGUAUGUGGUAGAGUAGUUAGGUGUACCAAAGCUCAUUCAAUAUUAUAACUGGAACACGCAUCUUAGAUUCCUUGUAAUAAUAAUCUGGCUAUCAUAGUUUAUAAAAAAUAUUUUUUGCAAAAAUAUGAAGUGAUGUAACACUUUUUCAGAAUGAAUCUGAAUGUAUUUGUAAACGAGAAACAAUACCACUCAAUACAUUGGACAGACUUAAUUUCCAAAAAUAAUUAAACAGCUAAAGAAAUUAUGUUUACUAAACUGUGAUGAAAGAUUGUGUUGAUGUAAUAUUCAUUAUGAAUAUGUACCUAAAAGAAUCUAGAAAAUAUCUGGUCUGAAAUAGCAGAAAGAAAUCCAUCGUCUCUUUGAUGCCAUACCAUAAGCUACUCUAGCCAUUAAUAAGAAUUAGUGGUACACAUCAAAGUGCAGCAUUUUUCAGUGUAUGCAAAUAUGGCUUUUAACUUAGUAAGUAUUUUUUUUAUAAUAUGAAAUUCUUGAAACUAAUAGUUAUGAAAAUUAAGAAAAUGAAUCAUGGCUACAAGUACAUUUUGGUAUUGCAGCGUAAGUACAUGCCAGAUAACCCUGAGGUUAUUUUUUGUUUAUACGAAAAUAUUUGCAAGAUCAUUAUCUUCUCUAUACAAAAUACUUUUGUAAAUGUUUAGAAAUGACAAUGUUUCCCUUUGUGUAAGUGUUCACGAAUAAAUAAAACUGUCUGAAACCACA